UUUUGGGCAAUAAAGCAACUUCUGCUCAACGAAAGGUAAUGUAUUUCAGUGAAAGCAUUUUUACCACUUUUCUCUGUUGAAUUGCUAACAAAUCUUCAAAAACAGAUUAAAAGCUUUUGCAAAGACGACCGAUCUUGGAAAUCCAGCUCCUUUUACUUUUAUUCAGGCCAUCACCUUUCCGCUGCGUAAGGGCAAUCGACCACACAAGAAGCUUUCUUUAUUUCUUUCUUUCUUUCUCUUCCCUCAUAAAGCUUUCCUCUUGGCUUAACCAUAACACAGAUAAAAUGUGAACAUCAAAAUCAAGCUAAGAAGUGAAGAGAGGGUUCAAAAUCAUGUUUUUAUGUGAUUUAAUACAGCAAUAGAGUCGUAACAAUGGCCCGGAAAUGUCAAUUCAACAUUCCGAAAAAGUUCGAGCCACAUUUAGCUCAAAUAAAGAAAGUCUUCAACCACUUGGGCCUUUAUCUGGGACUGAUCCUAUAUACUGCUGUAGGAGCAUGGAUAUUUAUACUAAUAGAGCACCCAGUUGAGCGGGAGAAAAUGGAUACCCUUCAAACAUUGCUGAAUUCAGAGAGGAAGAACUUCUUGAAUUUAGUCUAUAAUCUGACCUCUCAGUUAGAUGUUUCCUCCUCAGACAAUAUUGACCUGUACUCAGAAGAAACCAUCAAGUCCAUGUUAUUAGCAACUAAUUCUUUCCGUCCGCACUGGCAAAACCACGAAUUCCAUUCUUUAGAAAAAGUCGUCAAAAAGCUUGACUCGGCGUUACUUGAUUAUGAAAAGACUGUGGCCGUUGCUGCGGGCGAGGGGAUCAACAUGACAAGUAAAUUGGGGACAUACAAAUGGACUUACGUCCAAUCGGUGUUCUUCACGUCAACUAUCAUAACCACAGUUGGUUAUGGCCAUAUCGCUCCUUCUACGGUUGGUGGUCGGGUUUUUUGUAUUCUAUUCGCAAUCAUUGGGAUCCCUUUCACAUUGUCGGUGAUAGCAGAUGUUGGUCAGAUAACCGCAACAUUAAUAUCAGUGGUUUGGGCUAAGAGUAAACCGGUGGUAUGCCCAUUGAUCGAGAGAAUUCGGGAGCAAGUGAAAAAGUAUAUGAAACGCAAGCGAACCCCCCGCCCUCGUCUAACGGAUAAUGAUGAUGAUGAUGGAAAUGCUCUGGAAGAAAGCGAUGAUCCAUCCGAAGAUGAGGAGGAGGAUCCUAUGGAAUCCGUCGGCAUAACAGCGAAUAUCAUAAUGGCAUUCGUUGCCCUUGGAUUUCUCUGUAUGUUUCAAAGUUUUGGGAGUUAUGUGUUCACACAUUUCGAAAACUGGGCAUUCUUUGACGGCUUUUACUUUUGUUUCAUCACCAUGACCACCAUCGGUUUCGGAGACAUCGUGCCCAAUAUUUCUAACGAUAAUGCCGCCUACAUGAUGUUCAGUAUGAUAUACAUAUUACUUGGAUUGGCUAUUACCUCUACGAUCAUUGAAUUGGUUCGAAGACAGUAUGCUGAAUCAUGGAGCAAAAUGCAAGAGCUCCGAGCUCAAAUUCAGGCUCAAUUAAAGUUGGCUGACCAUCUUCGGAAAAUGGCAGAGCAAGGCAAGGACCUCGAAGGCAUGGACGUUGACCUCGAAGAACUAAGGCGAAAUCUCGAAAAAUUCAAGAAAGGUAGACUUGGAAAGUUCUUCGGUGAUUUCAACAUUGAUGACUUGGAUUGGAUCAACAAACGGAAAGUCAAAGCCGUCACAAUCUUUUUCUACGAAACGUCAGUAUAAUCAGCAAUAAUUUUAAAGCAUGUGUAUUGAAUAUAGCAAUGAUCUCAACAACAGAAUUAAAGAGUUUGGAAGUCGUGAA